AACACCAACUUCAUCACAUCUCCAACGAGUAAAUACACCUCGCCACGAAAGCCUCUCAUGGCUCCCUCGGACGCACAGUUCUGACCGCCCAGCCCAUUAUGAUGUUACAAUCCAACUAACCUCCCUCAACCGCACUCCACCUCCCGGCCGCGACCAUGGCUUCACUUUGGACGGCCAAAACCCCAGCAGAGCCCUCCAUCCCAGCGAGAGACAAUGCCGAUGUGGCAGAUACUGGCCUCGCAGAUGUUGGUCUUCCACCACUUCAGCCGCCUACCAGCGUGCCCAUGGGGCGUCCUCAACUUCAGCGAAACCAGCCUCAACCGCCCCCACCACAUCAGCCUCCUCCCCCUCCAGCUCCCCAGCAACUCGGGAACCCCAAUGACUCCCUGUCGUUAAUGCAGCUGAAGAAGAUCGUCACCGACUUCCCGAAAAUUGAUCCCACGUCAUACGCCUUCACAUAUGCGGACACGGCGUCUUUUGAAGAAGAGGUGGACGAGUGGUUCUCGUACAAUGAUGCGGAAUACCGGCGCCUGAAUCGAGCGAAAGAUACAUUUGAGAGGCGGUGGAAGAAAUUUGCGGGGACGGCAUGGCUGGACGCUGAGCAGGAGCAGAGGGAGAAGUUUGUGGAGAGGGAGGUUAAGGGUCUCCAUGCUACGGAUCUGCGACGGCGGUGCAAGAGCCUGCAGACUAUUCUACAUAUCAUUUUGGGUGUGUGGGAUGAGACAGCUGGAACAAAGCCUGCGGCAGUAGAGACUGAAGCGUCGAAGUCGAAAGAUAAGGAGAAUGAGGCGGAAGCGCCGAAACCUAAGACGAAGGCCACGCCGUUCCAGCUGGAGCACAUGAAGCUUGGAAUUGCAUUUUUUGGCAGGGCAGAUGGUAUAGAUGUGCUUUUUAAUGUCAUGGAAAAUGCUUUUAAAAGGCUAUGGUAAGUUGGGGUUACUUACCGGCGAAUUAUGCUCACAUUUCAAGGGAUGAUGAAUUUCGUGAGACGCAAUUGCUGGAGGAAGACAUUCCUUUCAUUCAGGACGAAUUGGAC